AUGGUUCUCCGAUGGUUUGGAUUACGGGCCUUUGAGGUCUGGCUGACUGCCAGGCUGCUGGGUAGCCCGACGUUUCAUCGCCUGGUUGGGAGAGUUCAUCGGAAGGUCCAACACAUAAGACACGGAGUACCUCCAGAGGAAAUGGGAGGUACCAAGCUGGAGAAUAACGGUCCCGGAAUAAAGCGGUUUCUAGAGUACUUCAGGGAAGAAAUCAAAGACCAGUUCAAAGGGAAGCCGCCAAAUAAACUCUAG